AUGCGACUUUCUCAUCUCAGUGCCGGCAUCAUUUUGGCAGCCACAGCAAGCGCCAGUGCCAUCCCUCAAGCCCCCAACAUCGCGAAGGCUUUGCUAAAUGCCAAGAAGCAGUCAUGCAAGGAUCCCAUGUACGCCAACCCUGCGGACUCUGACCCAAAGACGCAAUGGACAACGUCAGGAGCCGACCAGCUGUGGGAAGCACUUGUCUACGAGUUCCAGCAAAAUACCCACAAAAAGUACUCAUCUCUAUCACACUAUGUGGCUGAGGCUUUAGGUGAUACUGCUGCAAACUUUGACUGUGCUAUUGGCGCUCUCGACUCCAAUGACGGGAAAAACGACUGUCUCACUUACGAGGGAAAAUGUAACCAAGCUGUUGGCCCAGCCGGAUAUCUGAUCCUCAAUUCUCUUUCAUCGGUUGCCAACUUCUAUUCCCCAUUCGCCGAGCAACUGAGCAUUGCCGAGGGCAAAGAUUUGACCUCUGUAGAUGACAUUGCUGAAAUGUUCGUCAAGUAUAACAAGCCAAAGAUGUCGGCCGCCGAGAUUAUCGGCUUUGUUGCAGACUUUCUAUCACUGGGUGCUGGUCAACUUAUCAGCAAGGGUGUUGAAUCAGCUGUUGGUCCUCUGACCAAGGCGACAGGUAAAGCUGGCUCGGCUCCGGACUAUGUCUCCUCCCAGGUCGCCCAAUACUACAAGAAUCAGCUCAACAACUACAAACAAAUGGGAAACCAGAUGGCCUUCGAGGUCACGAACAUUGCAGGCGAGUACAUCAGCGCUGGCAAGAAUCUUGUGGAGGGAGCCACGAGUCUUAUCACUGAAGCCGGCUCAUUUAUGAAACUUAUGGACUCUAUUUCGGACCAAUGGGCGAAGAAUAUUAAUGGUUAUAGCACCAAGCUUUUCAAUGGAGCCUUGUCCUCUGAUGGUGCCACGGCUGAUGGCAUUUCCGAUUUUGCUACGUUAUCGAACAUGUUGAAGGAUGGCAGAUUCAGCCGGGCCGUGAGGCCACAAAACAUCAUUGCCAAUGCUCAAAAGGCCAUGUAUGCUCAGUUAAUUCCGAUUGCUCUUCACCAGAAUGACGACUCGCGCCCAACACUCAUUGUCCGUCCUUAUGCUUGUGAUGACAGCAGUCGAGCCAAGAAAGAUGAGCUCUUCGGGGAGUUGUUCCACCCCUACGGCUCAGACAAGUGGAAGCAAAGUGCAGUGACAGUUAAGAAAUACCCCAAGCUAUGCUUUUUUUUUGUGGACGCCAACAAGAGUGGCGCAGGUGGUCGAGUAUACCGCUUCGAGCAGCCCAAACAACAGCUGAGUGUCAUCGACGGCAUGACCAACAAUGAAAUGACUGGCGAUCAGUCCGUCGUCGGCGGUCUUACCUUAGACGUCCUUGCUCAGAGCAUCCACGAGGGCUUCCUGAAGAAUGGAAACAAGAAGGAUGCCUUCAAGAUUGAGAACAAUCUGAAGUCAAACGACCCAACUAGCCUUUUUGAUAACGAACUUACUGCUCCUGGGCUUUAUAAUGCGUACUUCAAUGAGUGCGGAAACUAUGAUCCUGACUCAGAUCUUGAUAAGAAUACCGACAUGGAUGAUCUUUCCGAAAAUAUCGACAAGGCACGGGAUUGGAGCUUUGCCGACGCGAGCAAAGGCUACCCUUGUAUUCCUGGCGUCAAGAGCCCUUACGACGGUGAUAAAUAA